UUAGAAAGAGGUGAUCAUUAUUUCGCAUCGCAUGCUCGUUUGUUAAAAUGAUUGAUUGUGAAACUAAGACAGCGGGAAGAAAGAGGUGCAUCUAAUGAGUGAUAAGUACAAUCAAUGCUUGAGUACUUGUGUUUUAGCUCCUAACCAUACGCUGGGGAAUGCUACCAUUUUGCCACAACACUGCUUUUCAGCUCCAGUAAUUAAGCCCAGUGCUACAAAUGUCGCGAACUCGAGGGCGAUAGGCACAACAUUAUCUCCACCACCUGGUGUGAUGGUUCCAGUUCAUAAUGCAGUACCAUCUGACUUAUCAGUUAAGGAUGAGAGGGAAUUGAAGCGCGAAAAGAGGAAGCAAUCAAAUAGGGAGUCUGCUAGACGAUCAAGGCUGAGAAAACAGGCUGAGACAGAGGAGUUGGCUACACAAGUGGAGUCUCUUGCAGCAGAGAACACGUCCCUUAGAUCUGAAAUCGGCCGGCUAACAGAGAGCUCAGAGAAGCUCAGACGAGAGAAUUCAGCUCUAAUGGUGAAGCUGAAGGACACUGCAGAACCGUCUCCAAGCAAAGCAGCCGCAUCCCCGUCCUCUCCCCGUGCCUCCGCAGAGAACUUCCUUUCCAUGAUCGACAGUGCCAACGCGCCGAGCGUCCCAGCCAAAGAGCAAGUUAAUGCACUAUCAAAGGAAUUGUUUGCGCUUUCAAGUGUCACAGGUCUCAGCCAAAGGUUGCAGCUCAUGUAUAUAGACAAUAGAUGCACAUCCUAUGACACAGUUUACCACGAGAGUAAUGGCUCUUCAGGAGUUUACAACCUUUUUAUAAGAGUUCUCUCAAGCUAUCCUACGGAUGUGAGUGAAUCUUGGACAGAAAAUGCAGAUUACAUAAUGGCAGAGUGGUGA